CGUAGAAAUCGAACGACCUUCACGACCUACCAACUCCACCAAUUGGAGAGAGCCUUCGACCAAUCACAUUACCCCGAUGUUUAUUGCAGAGAAGAGCUAGCCAAUAAGAUUGACUUGCCCGAAGUUAGAAUACAGGUUUGUAUGCUUAGCAUGUCUGUACGUUUGUCUGUUUGUUUGUGUGUAUGUUUUGUAUGUUUGUGUGAUUGA